GCACAGCGACACAGGCAGAGAGUCAGCGAUCCCCAGCUGAGCUCUGUGACUGGGGCCUCCUGACUCUGGCUUCUACCUGAGAGGCAACUCAACCUGAGACACCGUCUUCACUGCUUCACAGGUUCAGGGAGUGAACCCGGUGAAAGGUCAUGACUCCCAUGAGGAGGAAGCUGGUGGUGGUUGGCGAUGGUGGCUGUGGUAAGACCAGCCUGUUGUUUGUCCUCAGCAAGGACGAGUUCCCUGAAGGUUAUGUGCCCACCAUCUUCGAUACCUAUGUGGCAGAUAUCAUGGUCGAUGGGAGACUGGUGGAGCUGGCGCUGUGGGACACCGCUGGCCAGGAGGACUAUGACCGCCUGCGGCCCCUCUCCUACCCCGACACUGACGUCAUCCUCAUCUGCUUCUCGGUGGACAGCCCUGACUCGCUGAGGAACAUUCCGGACAAGUGGAUGCCCGAGGUCAGGCACUUCUGUCCCGGUGUGCCGGUGAUCCUGGUGGGUAACAAGAGGGACCUGCGGAGUGACCAGCGAGUGCGGAAGGAGUUGGCCCGGAGCAGGAAGGAGCCGGUGAAGUGGGAAGAGGGCCGGGCGAUGGCCGAGAGGAUCGGGGCGUACGAUUACCUGGAAUGCUCUGCCAAAGCCAAGGAAGGCGUCUGGGAGGUUUUCGAAACCGCCACCAGGGCCACCUUGAAACUGGUGGAGCUGGCGCUGUGGGACACCGCUGGCCAGGAGGACUAUGACCGCCUGCGGCCCCUCUCCUACCCCGACACUGACGUCAUCCUCAUCUGCUUCUCGGUGGACAGCCCCGACUCGCUGAGGAACAUUCCGGACAAGUGGAUGCCCGAGGUCAGGCACUUCUGUCCCGGUGUGCCGGUGAUCCUGGUGGGUAACAAGAGGGACCUGCGGAGUGACCAGCGAGUGCGGAAGGAGUUGGCCCGGAGCAGGAAGGAGCCGGUGAAGUGGGAAGAGGGCCGGGCGAUGGCCGAGAGGAUCGGGGCGUACGAUUACCUGGAAUGCUCGGCCAAGACCAAGGAAGGCGUCUGGGAGGUUUUCGAAACCGCCACCAGGGCCACCUUGAAAGUCUCGUCGAUGGGGUGUUUCGGCUGCCAGUGCGUGCUGAUCUAAAGACAUGUGGAAGCAGGACUGAGAAACAGAACCCGUGUUUACGGAAGGCUAAUUAAUCUCACCAGAGAAAGAAACAGCCAAAAUAUCAGGGAAAUGGAAAAGUGCAUCAGGCUGUGGAUGUCAUAGUGGAAGAUAACCUGGAGAAUCAACAUGAUCUGUAACACAAUGGAUUACUCACUAAACGAGAUGAUUUGACUUUA